CGCCCAAUUGGAGUGUAGAACUGAAAAAGUAUAUUUCGAAAAAAAAUGUCUUUUCAUUUAAAAAGGAAUCUUUGGAUUUUUACCAUACUACUUUUGGUAAUACAACUGGCAAAGUGUCAGGAUGAGAAACCUCAAGAAUCGGAAGAGGAAGAGGAGGAUGACUCCUCUUCUGAAGAAACUGUGGAGGAUUCCAAUGAAUCUGGUAAUCAAAGACGUCGUCGUCGUCGUCGCUCUGCUGAUUUAAGUGAAGAGCUAAAUUCUAAAAGCAUAGAAACUGAAGCUAAACCAAAUUUUGCUAUACCUGGCCUGCCGGAUCCUUCAACAAUUCUGAAAAUUGCUGAAAUCCUUACCAGAGUGGGACAAGAGGUUCUACCCACAUUGGUCGAAGGUAAUACGGGUUUGAAAACUUUUAUUGAAAAUCGUCUACAACGUGAUUUGAAAUUUAUGAAAAAUCUCAGUGAUGAAGUGAAUACAGUUUUCAAGAAUAUUCGAAAGAAAUGAGCAUAACUUUUAGAAUAAAAUUUGGUAAUUUUGCAAAAUAA